CUGCGCCGCCUCCUCCACAUAAAAACGCGUCCCCUCUUCCACUCCACCUCCAUCUCCAUGGACACCUCCACAUUCGCCGCCGUCGCUUCCUUCGUCACGCUCGCCAAGACGCCCAACCUGCUCCUUCCACCCAAUCCCUCGCCCUGCCUCCCUCGCCCCCGUGCCUCCCUCGCCGUCUGCUGCGCCAAUUCCCACGCUUCACCACCUCCACUCUCGCCCCUCCCGCCUGCCGCUUCCGAUGAGGAGGAGGUCGCUCCUCCGCGCCUCCGCUUACGCCGAAUCUCCCAAGAAUUCCGCGCGCUCCCGGAAGCCGACCGCGCGCACCGCCUGCUCGCGUACGCGGCCGCGCUCCCGCGGCUGACCGAGGCGGACCGCGUCGCGGCCAACCGCGUCAUGGGGUGCGUGGCGCAGGUCUGGCUCCUGGCCAGCUGCGACGGAGCGGGGCGUAUGCUCUUCGCCGCCGACUCCGACUCGGAGCUCUCGCGCGGUUACUGCUCCUGCCUCGUCUCCGCGCUCGACGGCGCGCGCCCCGAGGAGGUGCUCGACGUGGACACCGCCGACCUCGCGCCGCUCGGUGUGGCCGCGGGGGCCAGGUCGCGGGCCAACACGUGGCACAACGUUCUCGUCGGCAUGAAGAAGCUAGCGCGGGCAGCCAUCGCGGAGCGCGAGGGCAGACCCCGUGGGGAGCCGUUCCCCUCUCUCGUCAUUGCCCGCGACGGCGCCGUCCGUGCGCAGGGAAGCUACGCCAAAGCCCAGGCAAUGUUUCUAUCGCCUGACCAGUCCAAAAUUGCCGAGCUUGUGAACACCCUUAUGGAGAGAAAAAUUGGGAUUGUGGCCCAUUUCUAUAUGGAUCCUGAGGUGCAAGGCGUACUAACUGCUGCAAAGAGUCAAUGGCCCCACAUUCACAUAUCUGACUCGUUGGUAAUGGCAGAUAGAGCUGUUCAGAUGGCUGAAGCAGGGUGCAAAUAUAUCGCUGUCCUAGGUGUUGACUUUAUGUCAGAAAAUGUUCGUGCAAUACUUGAUCAGGCAGGCUUUAAUAAGGUUGAUGUUUAUAGAAUGUCAAGUGAGCAAAUUGGCUGUUCCUUGGCAGAUGCUGCUUCGAGUUCUGCUUAUACACAUUUUCUCAAGGCAGCAUCAAGAUCUUCUCCUUCUUUACAUGUUAUUUAUAUCAAUACGUCCCUGGAAACAAAAGCUCGUUCUCAUGAACUUGUUCCUACAAUAACAUGUACUUCUUCCAAUGUUGUUGCAACUAUAUUACAGGCAUUUUCCCAAAUACCAGAUCUUAAUGUCUGGUACGGUCCUGAUUCCUAUAUGGGUGCCAACAUAGCAGACCUAUUUAAGAGAAUGGCUAUCAUGUCAGAGGAAGAGAUUGCUGAGAUACAUCCAGAUCACAACAGAAAAACUAUAAGUUCAUUGCUACCACGUCUACAUUACUAUCAGAAUGGUAACUGUAUUGUCCAUGAUAUGUUUGGCCAUGAAGUUGUGGAGAAAAUAAAGGAGCAAUAUUGUGAUGCAUUUCUAACAGCACACUUUGAGGUCCCAGGAGAAAUGUUCUCUUUGUCCAUGGAAGCAAAGACCAGGGGAAUGGGAGUUGUUGGAUCCACUCAGAAUAUCUUAGAUUUCAUUAAAAAUAAAUUGAAACAGGCUCUGGACCGGAAUGUUGAUGAUCAUCUUCAGUUUGUGUUAGGAACGGAAUCAGGAAUGAUCACUUCGAUUGUUGCUGCUGUCCGCAAAUUAUUUGAUUCCUAUGAAUCUUCUGAAGAUGGUGCUAACAUUGAAGUAGAAAUUGUGUUCCCUGUUUCACGAGAUUCAGUUUCUAAGACAUCUGUUGACGAUUCUCAUGAUUUUGGCUCUUCAGUAACUAAUGAUUUUGAACAAAUUACUAUUGUCCCUGGUGUGGUUUCUGGUGAAGGUUGCUCUAUCCACGGGGGCUGUGCGUCAUGCCCUUACAUGAAGAUGAAUUCUCUAGGGUCGCUACUUAAUGUCUGCCAGCAACUUCCCGAUGAAGACAACAUACUAUCUGUCUAUCAGGCUACUCGAUUAAAUGCUAAGACUUCUCACGGGAAAUUGGUUGCGGAGGUUGGGUGUGAGCCAAUUUUGCAUAUGAGGCAUUUCCAGGCGACAAAGAGAUUACCAGACAAGCUUGUUUACCAGGCUAUCCAUGGUAGCGGAGGGGAAUCUUCCGUUCAGGUGCAGAAUGACACUUGCGGCGUUUGCAGUGGGUAGGUAAACUGAACUGACCAGUUGUGAUUUAUUCCCAAUCAAAAUGUUUGUCUCGCGUAUGUUCAACAUGUGGGUGUCAGAUAAGGAGUAUAUAAAUGUGCGACAAUGUGUACAAUAAAGUCGCUCAUCGAUUUGUGUGCUUUACAUGUAACGGGAAGAAACUAAAUAUAAUUGUAUACUUACUGCGACAGUGUGGCGCAACCAUUCACUUAUCAUCCAAGGGUUCCCCUUC